AUGACGCAAAUUGUUUCCGGGGUCAAAGUUGCCAUUGAUAGAGGGGGUACCUUUACUGAUGUUAUCGCAGUAAUCCCAGGUCAAGAAGACUAUGUUUUCAAGCUUCUCUCUGUUGAUCCAUUAAACUAUAAGGACGCCAAUGUGGAGGCAAUCAGAAGAACCUUAGAGCAUAUCACCGGCUACCAUAUAGAAAAGGGCAAGUUAUUAGACACAUCUUCAAUUUCAUCCAUCAGGUUAGGUACUACUGUUGCAACUAAUGCUUUGCUUGAACGAAAGGGGGCCAGAUGUGCACUUUUGACAACAGCAGGUUUCAAGGAUAUUCUCAAAAUUGGCGACCAAGCACGGCCAGAUUUGUUUGCAAUGCAUAUCCACAAGCCCGAGGUUCUAUACGAAGAAGUUGUUGAAAUCCAGGAAAGGGUGACGGCACCCGAUUACGAUGAAGAUCCGGAUAACGUAAAAUUUAAGCACACUGUCGGACAAGACAGAAAAAAAUUUAAGACAGGAAGAACAGGGCAGAUAUAUGAGAUUUUGAAGCCAUUAGACCUUGAGGAUGCUAGAACAAAGCUGCUUGGUUUAAAAGAAAAAGGAAUUGAAUCCGUUGGGAUUUGUUUGGUUCAUGGAUAUAACUUCACAGAACAUGAGAGUAUUUUGAAAGAACUUGUGAAAGAACUGAACUUCAAAUUUGUCACUGCAUCUUAUGAGCUUAUGCCUAUGAUCAGAGCUAUUCCAAGGGCACAAUCUGUUGUUGUAGAAGCAUACUUAACUCCAAUUAUCAAAGAUUAUAUUGCUUCUUUUUUGUCUGGUUUUGCAAAAGACUUUGAAAAGACCACAAAAAUUGAGUUCAUGCAGUCUGAUGGAGGUCUGGUUCCAUACCACGAAUUUUCUGGUUUGCGUGCUUUGCUUUCAGGUCCUGCUGGAGGUGUUGUGGGGGAAGCCAGGACUUGUUAUGAUGCGAACGAAGGAACUCCCAUUGUUGGUUUUGAUAUGGGGGGUACUUCCACAGACGUUUCGAGGUAUGAUGGUAAUUACGAAUAUGUUUUUCAUUCGAUUACAGCUGGAGUCCAUGUUGCGGCUCCCCAGCUUGAUAUCAAUACCGUUGCCGCUGGUGGUGGAUCCAUUUUGGAAUACAAAAAUGGUGUUUUCAAAGUUGGCCCUGAGUCUGCUUCCUCCCACCCAGGUCCUGCCUGUUAUCGUAAAGGUGGGCCAUUAACUAUUACUGAUGCGAAUCUUUAUAUCGGAAGAAUUAUUCCACAAUUUUUCCCACACAUUUUUGGACCUCAUGAAAAUGAACCUUUAGACUACAGUAUAGUGGAUAAGAUGUUCAAACAGCUGACUGAUAUUGUGAAUGCUGAAAAUUCAUGUAUCCAAAAAACACCUUAUGAGGUUGCUUUAGGCUUUUUGGAGGUUGCAAAUUAUAACAUGGCAAAGCCAAUCAGAGCUUUAACCGAAUCUAGAGGACACGAUGUUUCAAGACACAAUCUUGCCUCUUUUGGUGGUGCAGGAGGUCAAAAUUGUGUUGAUGUUGCGCAAAUUUUGAAUAUGAAGCGGGUAAUUGUGCACAAGUUCUCAUCCGUGCUAUCCGCCUAUGGAAUUGGACUUGCUGAUAUUGUUAAAGAAAAGCUUGAACCGUGUGACAAAGUUUACUCAAAAAAAGUUUCUGCAUCUCUUUUAGGCCGUUGCGAGCAGAUUGAAAAUGAGCUUAUAACAAAAUUGCUGGAACAAGGCGUCGACAAAUCAACUAUAAGAAGUGAAAUUUAUUUUAAUCUUGGAUACAAGGGAUCAGAGACUAAAUUAAUGAUUCUCAAAUCAGAUUUAGAUUUUGCUGAAGCCUUUACUGAAAGACACAAAAGAGAGUUUUCUUUUGUUGAUGCCAGCAAAUCAAUUUUAGUUUAUGAUAUUCGUGUGAGAGUUUUAGGCACUACUUUAAGUAUUCCACAAAGGUCACCAUUUGAUAAAACAGGCAUUGAAUUUGGGCCUGUCAGAAAUGGGGUAGAGAUUAAGACGAGUACGGUUUGGUUUUCUAUGAAUGGCAAAGGUCUUUUUUACAGUACUAAAGUAUACCGAAUUCCAGAAUUGAAGGUUGGAGAAGUUAUUCAUGGUCCAGCAAUCAUGCUAGACGACACACAAACAAUUUGUGUUACUCCUCAAGCAAAGGCCACAAUUUUGCCGAACCACAUUGUCAUCGACAUUGAAUCUGGGAAAAAGAUAAAAGAUGAUGGUUAUCAGGUGGAGUUUGUUGAUCCUAUUCUCCUCGCAGUUUUUCAAAAUAGGUUUAUGACUAUUGCAGAAGAUAUGGGAACCACUUUGCAAAAAAUAUCUGUUUCUGCAAAUAUCAAAGAAAGGAUGGACUUUUCUUGUGCUCUUUUUGAUGAAGAUGGUAACCUCACUGCCAACGCACCUCACGUUCCAGUUCACUUAGGUUCUAUGUCUCAUUGCAUUCGGUAUGCAAAGCAUUACUGGGGUGAUAAUAUCAAACCUGGAGACGUUCUUGCAUCUAACCAUCCUAAAGCAGGAGGGACACAUCUUCCUGACAUCACUCUUAUUUCCCCAGUUUUCAUAGGUGGUAUCAUUCGCUUCUUCACUGCGUCACGUGCCCACCAUGCAGAGAUUGGUGGUUCUGCGCCUGGAUCAUGUGCAGCGGACGCAACAGAGCUUUACCAAGAAGGGGCCCAGUUCUUACAUUGGAAGAUAGUAGAGGACUCUAAUUUUGAUUAUGAUGGUGUUCAAAAAUAUUUUGUUGAGGAGCCAGCCAGGUACCCUGGAUGUUCGGGCUCCAGGAACUUGAAUGACAAUCUUUCAGAUCUCAAAGCUCAAAUAGCUGCAAAUUUAAGAGGUGUUCACUUACUAGAGGAGCUUUUUGAAGAGUACGGUACCAAAACAGUUUUAUUUUAUAUGACAAAUGUGAGAACUACCGCUGCUUUGGCUGUACGAAACUUUUUCAAAAAGACCGCAAAAUUGAAAAAGGGCCAGCUGCCACUGAAAGCUACCGAAGUGUUGGAUGAUGGUUCGAUAAUCAAUGUCUCCAUCAGUAUUGAUGAGGAAACUGGAGAUGCUUUCUACGAUUUCACUGGAACCUCGGAAGAGGCAUUCAACCCAUGCAAUGCCCCGCUUGCGAUCACUGAUGCUUGUAUUAUUUAUUCCUUAAGACUGAUGCUUGAGCAGGAAAUACCACUUAAUGAGGGCUGUCUAGAACCUGUUACCAAAUACAUCCCAUCUGGUACGUUACUGAAUCCUUCUGAAUAUGCAGCUGUAGCAGCUGCAAACUCGACUACUUCUCAAAGACUCAAUGAUACUCUUUUAAAGGCCUUCGGCUUAUGUGCAGCUUCCAAUGGCUCGAAUAACACAAUUGGUUUUGGAAAGGGGGGUAAGGAUCCACUUACUGGUGAAGUGAAACCUGGAUUUGCAAUGGUAGAAACGAUUGGUGGAGGUUCGGGUGCUUGUGAAGGAUACAACGGAUGGUCCGGUGUUCAUUGCCAUAUGACAAACACUAAAAUCACCGAUCCGGAAGUUUUUGAGAAGAGGUAUCCUGUUAUCCUACAUGAAUUUUCUAUUAGACAUAAUUCGGCGGGAAAGGGUCGUUGGAAUGGAGGGGAUGGUUUAAUCAGAACAAUUGAAUUCACCACCGAUUUAUCGUGCACUUUGCGUACACAAAGACGCAAUAAUGCGCCAUAUGGCUUGUACGGAGGUAAACCUGCUGCCAUGGGACUCAAUAAACUGGGAAGAUUGCAAGAUGGGAAUAUGAGAUGGAUCAAACUUCCAAGCUUUGCUCAGUUUCAAGUCCAUGCUGGUGAGUUUGUGAGUAUCCACACCCCGGGAGGAGGAGGGUAUGGGAAGCCAGAUGAUGAAAAGGAAAAUGAAAGCUGCAAACUCUACGCUGAGAAUGGAUUCUUCUCUACUAUGGGAGCAACUGAUCCUAGCCUCAAAAGUUUUCAACCUAUUGCUGGCGGAACUUUAGCCAUCAUUACCGAUCUUGGCAACACAUCCCAGUAA